UGUGUUCAGCAUAGGUCUGUUAGCAGCACCCAUUGAAGUGGACAAGAAUGAACCAUGUAGGUGUCCCUGGGAUCUGACUUACCUUCAGCAGUUGGGAAACAUGAGUUAACUGGGCAUAAAGUUGCAGUGAAGAUCCUGAAUCGACAGAAGAUUCGCAGUCUUGAUGUUGUAGGAAAAAUCCGCAGAGAGAUUCAGAACCUCAAACUCUUCAGGCAUCCUCAUAUAAUUAAGCUGUACCAGGUCAUCAGUACACCAACUGACAUUUUCAUGGUGAUGGAAUAUGUUUCAGGAGGAGAACUGUUUGAUUAUAUCUGUAAAAAUGGAAGGCUUGAUGAGAAGGAAAGUAGACGUUUGUUCCAGCAAAUCCUUUCUGGUGUGGAUUACUGUCACAGACAUAUGGUAGUACACAGAGAUCUGAAGCCUGAAAAUGUGCUGCUUGAUGCACAUAUGAAUGCCAAGAUAGCUGACUUCGGUCUAUCAAAUAUGAUGUCAGAUGGAGAAUUUUUAAGAACAAGCUGUGGUUCCCCUAACUAUGCUGCACCAGAAGUAAUUUCAGGAAGAUUAUAUGCAGGUCCAGAAGUAGAUAUUUGGAGCAGUGGGGUUAUUCUCUAUGCUUUGUUAUGUGGAACGCUACCAUUUGAUGAUGAUCACGUGCCAACCCUCUUCAAGAAGAUAUGUGAUGGCAUCUUUUAUACUCCUCAGUACCUGAAUCUGUCUGUAAUUAGUCUUUUGAAGCACAUGCUGCAAGUGGAUCCAAUGAAGAGAGCAACAAUCAGAGACAUCAGGGAACAUGAAUGGUUUAAGCAGGACCUUCCAAAAUACUUGUUUCCUGAAGACCCAUCCUAUAGCUCUACCAUGAUUGAUGAUGAAGCAUUAAAAGAAGUGUGCGAGAAGUUUGAAUGCACUGAAGAGGAAGUGCUAAGCUGUCUAUACAGCCGAAAUCAUCAGGACCCUUUAGCGGUUGCUUAUCACCUCAUUAUAGAUAAUAGAAGAAUAAUGAAUGAGGCCAAAGACUUCUACUUGGCUACAAGCCCACCGGAUUCUUUUCUUGAUGAUCACCAUCUGUCUCGCCCUCAUCCUGAAAGAGUGCCAUUCUUAGUAGCUGAAGCACCACGUCCUCGCCAUACUCUCGAUGAGCUGAAUCCACAGAAGUCAAAACACCAAGGUGUAAGAAGAGCUAAGUGGCACUUGGGAAUACGGAGUCAGAGUCGACCAAAUGAUAUCAUGGCUGAAGUUUGUCGAGCAAUUAAACAACUGGAUUAUGAAUGGAAGGUUGUAAAUCCAUACUAUCUACGUGUUCGAAGGAAGAAUCCAGUAACAAGUGCAUAUUCCAAAAUGAGUCUACAGCUGUAUCAGGUGGACAGCAGAACAUACUUACUGGACUUCCGUAGCAUUGAUGAUGAAAUUACUGAAGCGAAGUCUGGGACUGCAACCCCACAGAGGUCGGGUUCUGUGAGCAACUAUAGAUCCUGUCAAAAAGAUUCAGAUGCUGAUGUGCAAGGAAAAUCUGCGGAUACUUCCCUUACCUCAUCAGUGAGCUCUUCGCUUGACUCUUCUACAGCUGAUUUAACUCCAAGACCAGGGAGUCAUACAAUAGAAUUUUUUGAGAUGUGUGCAAAUCUUAUUAAAAUACUUGCACAAUAAUUUUGAAUAUGGGCUUAUUUCUUUUAUAGCAAUAAGCAUGCCUAAAUCAUAGUCAAAUGCUUCCACUUAUAAUCAAGUUAAAUUAACUAAGGCGCUGAAAAAGCUAGCCACAGAAUGCAAUUUGCACAGGGAUUGAAAAUGAUUAUGGGCAGUUAAUGUAUAUAUGAAGCUGGAGUGAAUUCUGAUUGUCUGCUGUCCAGUACUGUAAUACAGGUAUAGGAAAUCACAUGCUGUUGGGGCAGCUUUCAUAACAUUUUACAUUGAGUGCACAUUAGACUGCAUAUAACAUUUAAGUUAGAGAGACCUUCCUGUUUUUUCACUGAUAAUACAUACAUCUGAUGCACUAUAAGUAAAUGUACACUUACUAGUUCAGUGACCUAAGUGUGACUUGUUGGUCACCAUCUACAGUUGUGCCUCAGUUGGUCAGAACUCUCAACACUUUCUAACAGUCAUGUGUUUAAAAAUGCUGUGUUUCUUCCCCCUUACUUGACAUUAAAUGAUCAAGAACAGUUUAAUGCGUUAUAAUAUAUGACUUUUAACAAUUGGUAAAUUUGAUUGAAUGAUGCAAAUUGAACCAGUUGGAAAUGCAUGUAGGUGCUUUGUAACGCACUGAAGGGUGAAAUUCUGUGGAGCUCAGUGGAACAAUUCAGUCCACAGCAAGUGGUGAGAGACUUGCUGCUGAGAAGACUUGGGACCCCAUGGGCUAAACCAAAAUGUUGCUCUGUGAAGAGCUGUCAGCAAGCUCCUGAUCUGUGCAUAUACAGUAGCUUGGUUGCAGCACAGCAGCUCCCCACUGCUAAUGUAGGCUGAGAAUCCUUUUCCACAGAAACAUGUGCAUUUAGUUAAGAGCACAGCCCAAGGUUGCAUGCUAUUCCAGAAUCUGAAAUUGAAAAA